AUGACAGACAAUUUGCAAGACCCGUAUGACUCUAUAACAUUUGGCAAUUCGCUACUGUUGCGUGUUGACGGUGCUGUGGGGGCAAUGUCAUUAUCGCCUAACGGUAGAGAUGCUGUAUUAGCUGGAAGACGGGGACUUUUUAUUAUUGAUUUAGAUGAUCCAUUUACAACUCCACGGUGGCUUCAUCAUAUCACUUCAUGGGAGGUUGCAGAUGUUCAAUGGUCGCCUCACCAUGGAGUGAAGCCUUCGUGGUGCAUAUCAACUUCAAAUCAGAAGGCUCUAUUAUGGGAUUUAGCAAGACCAUCAGAUAAUGCUAUCUCAAAUGUAUUACAUGAGCAUACUAGAGCAAUCACAGAUAUCAAUUUCAAUCCAUGGGACCCGGAAAUAUUAGCCACCUGUUCUAUUGAUUCAUUUAUAUUAAGUUGGGAUAUGAGAACUCCAAGAAAGCCUGUUGCACGGUGGGCCGAAUGGAGAGCAGGUGCCACCCAAGUCAAAUGGAACCACAAGAAUCAGUACGAAAUUGCCUCGAGUCACGAUAAUUCCUUCUAUAUAUGGGAUUCUAGAAAAGGUGCAUUACCGGUUUUAAAAGUUAAUAAGGCACAUGAAGGAAAAAUCAAUGGUCUCGAUUUUAGCAAUGGUUUAUCUAACAUUAUAACUUGUUCGAAUGAUAAAAAGGUUAAGUGCUGGAAUUUGGAAAGCAAUGGACCUGGUGAUUUCUCAAAGGAUUUCAACUACUUUGCUAAUGAAAAUAACAAAACAAAUAGUGUCCGACCAACUGUUGUUAUGAAUGCGGAUUACCCUGUUGCUAGAGCAAGGAAUUUGCCAUUUGGUAGAACAAAGACAUGUGGAAUUAUGCCAUUAAUUGGAGGACAGGAUGCAAUUCACAUAAUAGACUAUGAAUCGGCGCAUCAAAUGGCUAUUGAAACGGGGAAGACGCAAGAAAUUAAUGCCGAUGAUAUUUAUACGUUUAAAGGCCAUAAUGGUGCCAUGAAAGAUUUUUUAUGGAGGACUAGACAUGAGUCUUAUGAAUUCUUUGAUAGUAAACAUAAAUGGAAAGAUUACCAAUUAGUUACAUGGUCGUCGAAAGACUUUGAUUUAAAAUUGUGGCCUCAUGAUGAAGAUUUAUAUAAAAAGGUUAAUUAUAACCCAUCGUAUCAAAAAAUCCUUGGUGCUUUCUCUAACGAAGAGCUGGAUCCAGAAGAAUCACCAAAGGCACAAUCACCCGGUAAAGGUUAUUUUGACGAAAAGAAGAAGUCAUUCUAUAAAUAUGAAUCGUAUUGUAUGGAACCUCCUACAACUAUAGCUAAUUUAAAACGUGAUAACCAAGGGGAUAUGUUAUCGUCAUUAGCACUGUAUCAGAUAGCUCAAAAUCAUAAACAAAGUGGCGAUUCAUCACAAUUGAAUCAUCUUGAUUGGAUCUCUGGGGUUCGUAUUGGCCGUACAGGAAGAGCUAAUGGUAAAGAUCAGAAUAUCAAUACAACUAUUGACGAAGAUGGGCCUUCGAAUUUGGGAGAAGAAGUAACAAUUGUUGGGCAUAAAUUUCCUAAAGUCCGUUUUGAGAAAAUCUCUGUCUCUACAGGAGAAUUGGUCAUUAGUUUAAAAGGGCCUGCUCCCUAUGUGGAAAAUAUUAAGACUGAUAAAUCUAGUACUUCAAAUUCCGAUAAAACGGAAGAACCAAGUAAUAAUGAAAUCGACAAUGCAGCGGAUAAGACCACCACCAAGGACCCUGCAAAAUCUAGUGUCUCUGAAUCAGUAACACUAGAAGAUAGCAUUGCGACUACUAAAGGAAUGACAAACAAUAAUGAUAAUGACAACUCUAAUGAUGCUAAUGUCAGUACUGCUGCUAAUGUAAAUACUUCUAAUAAUACCACUAAAAAUAUCAAUAAUAAUGCAUUGGAUAGUAAUAGUGCUGCUAAUAUUAUUAAUGCUAAUACUUCGUCCAUCAGCAAUAAUUUAGCAAGUAAUGUUGAAGAAAAUGACGUAGAGAAUAUGUCUAAUAAUAUUGCUAACAGUACAACUAUUCAAACAAAUGAUGAAGUUAGUCCCGAACAAAAGCUUAUAUUUAUACGAAUUGAAAUAAUUUUUCCCAAGUCAUAUCCUUACCUUGAAGAAACAGAAAACAUUGAAGGGAUCCCUUCUAAAAAAUUAGCGAAAUUGCAAAAGGCUAAUUUGAUAAAAUUCAAAAUAGAAGAAACACAUGAACUAACAUUAGAUUUAAGAAAUGUGAUGCUAAAAUCUUUAAACGAAAUAUCUCAUUUUUACACUAAUAAAUACCAAAAAUUUUGUUUAGAACCAUGUUUAAGAUACUUAAUGGGGGAUAAAGUUGAGCUACUUGAUUCAUUAAUGAUAGCCUCCAAUCAAGAUAAUGAAAAUAUAGUUGACCCUGAUGGAUUAAUACAGGAAAUUGGAACUGAAGGGUGGGCAGAUGAUUUAAUUAACCAGCAGCCGGAUAUUGAAUUCAAUUCUAUGAAAGACGAUUCGAGUUCCGAAGAAUAUAAGUACGACUUUUCAGAUCUCAUUCCUGUUGCUGACGACGACGACGACGACGACGAAUUAAUACGAAGUACUGAUUCAAUUAGAAGAGAUGAAUAUACUAAUGAUGACCCAAGUAUAAGCGAUGGGCGUAAUAUAUUUGACGAUAUAUCGAAGAAAGAUUCUAAAAUUCCAAGUAAAAAAUUCUUUGAUUCAACACCUGUUCCUAAAGGCUGUGGAGCAACGUGGUCUCAUACAGGCCAACUUGUUUGUUUCUUCAUUCCGAAAAAUAAUGAGGAGGAAGAAAAUAAAGCACUUCAGAAAUUCAAUAUCUUUAAGUUCACGGAUGGGGGGUUCAGCUUGAAUACUCAUAGUCCACAUCAUCAGCACAAUGAACACCAGCCUAAGGAUUUGUUUGAUGGCUCAAUUACAUCACAUUCUGAAUCAGAAAAUGAAAGUGAUGAUUAUGACUCUCAAUCCGAUAAGAGUUCACGUAGUAUAAAUAAGCGAAAUGCUUCAAUAACUUCAUCAUCUUCGGAGGAUAGUUUUUCUAACGAUUGGGAUGAUAUCUUACAAGACGAUGUUCCUUCUAGAGCAGGCAUUCCUGGUUUACUCAAGACUUCUGUCGGACUUGGAAAUCGAUAUAUAUCUCAUGGUAAUAAUCGUGGUUCGCUUAAUAAGCUUACAAGCCAUGGAACAUCCAAUUAUAAAUCAUCAGUCCCAGGGGAGACAGAGAACCAGUCCCAAAGGAGAAAGCGAAAUAAACCUAAUAAAAAAAAUAAGAAUAUUGUAGGUAUUUUUGAUUUCAAACAUUUAAUCCCCGACAAAUAUGAACUUGCUUGUGAAUACAGAGUUUUAGGUGAUUCCCCAGAAAAAUUAGCGAAGUAUAAUGGGGAAGUGGCUAUGAAAUAUGGUCUUAGGGAAAUAAGUGAUGCUUGGAGGAUUUUGGAAAUGAUAUUGGUGAAGGAUGUUGAAAUUGAUAGGAUUCGUCCCGCUUAUGACGCAUUUCAAGAUCCAGUACGAGUAAAUUCUAGGAAUUGGAAAGAUGACAGAAAUUUCAAUUAUUUGUUUCAUGAGUCUGAUAUAAGCAAAAAAAUGUUUAAUAAUAAGCAUAGGUUUUAUUGGGGGACGCAUCCAUUCGGAAGGACAUGGUUAAUAAAAGAGAUUAUGAAAUACUUUGAAAUUAAGGGAAAUAUUCAAAUGCUUGCAAUGUUAUCAUGUAUCUUGUUUGAGAAUGCGAAUAAUGUUAAAUAUCCAGACUUAUAUAAUAUACCGAUUCAUACACCAUACCAUGCCUUGCCUCCACCCCCCGCAACAUCAGCUAUGCGAAAAUCUAAUGACCAAAGUCAAAUCGAUUUAUACUUAUAUCCACACAACCAGAAAGAUUCGUCCAUAUUUGAAUCUCUCGCUACGGAUAGUAGAAAUGAUUUAAAAAGUACAGAUUUCGAGAAUUUUCAUAGAAAUUCAUCGGUUCUGCUUUUCAAGAGAGACAACCAACUGGUAAAUGUGCAUUCUUAUAAUAAAUCAAUUUCAUCGUCGUUAGAUGUUAGGGAUCAUAUUUCAGAAAGAGCUGGUUCCUUUAAGAAAACUAUUCCGUUUAAUUCAUCAUAUUUACCAACAGAGUUAUCACUAUCGCAUGGAUUAUCUAAAGAUUCGUAUCUUGUGACUUCUCCUAAACAGCGACAUACAAAAAAUACUCCUUCACAUCAAAUUCAAAAGAGAGAAAAGAAUAUUCCAUUUUCGCAAAAACGCUCGAAUCAGAGACAAGGUAGGAAUAUAGUUAGAUCUUCACCUUUUGUCACGAUUGAGAUGCAAAAUGUAGAGUCAUUGGAUUUAUAUGACGAUGUGUAUUCUCUGUUAUUAUUAGAUACACAACAAGAAGAAAAAAUCAAAACAUACAGAGAACAAUAUGCUGAUAUGUUAUACAUAUGGGGAUUACCAAUUAAUCGUAUUAAAAUACUCAAGUUCAAUUAUCCUGGAUUAGAUAAAACCUAUAGUUCUGGUUCAUUAUUUGAUGUUCAUAAAUGCAAAUAUGGAUUAAGGAAAAUCAAAAGUAAACAGAACGCAAAGACAUUAAAAUCGACUAAUCCUAUUGAAACAAUAGGGACAAAUGCAUGGAAUACAAGCAAAAAGGACACAUUGAAGUAUUGUAAUUUAUGUAACACGGUGAUCACAAAAAGACUAGUUGUCUGCAUAAAUUGCGAGCAUGCCUUACAUUCCCAUUGUGCGGUAGAGUGGUGGGCUAAUGGUACGAAUGAUAAUGAUUUCAACGUAGAAUGUCCAAGUGGCUGCGGAUGUAAUUGCUUAGAUCAUAAAAUUUAG